GCUGACUCGCCCCCCUUUAGUAUACUAGAUGGUUGUUGAUUUCUACUAACCUGUAGAAGAACUGUUCACGACCCACGUGGCUGACCAAUACAGCGCUGCUGAGUGUGGACUACAUCCAGUAUACAGUGCCAUCUGGCUUUGCAGCCUCUAAAGAUAAUUUGUGCGAACUGAAAAGACAGUGAUUGAACAUUUAGCAGAGGCGAGUCGGGCUGAGACUGAGAGGGAAGGAGACAGAAGACUGGAGACUUCUCCCUCUGAACUGACUUUUCUGUACUCUGCACCAGGCCAAACCACCUAUCACUGAACUGCGAAAUUUAUGUUGUAUAAACAGCUGUUAUAUAACAAACAACAUCAACUUUUUUCCUACAGACUCUGUGUUGGAUUGUUUCUGAGGUGUGGAAAUCUUACUUAUGUAACUCAUGCUUAUUAAUUAACACUACCUGGUGAUUCAACGUAAGUGAGCACGGCACAGCACUAUUUUUGCAUGACCCAUAGCUUGCAUGAGCAUCCAGGACUGCUUUUGAUUUUGAAGAAGGACCCUUGAGCCCUCAACCCUCUUCUGCCUGUCUGGCCAACUGUAGCAUUUGGGUGUGGAAGGGUGGUUUCUGAAUUAGGCCUCUGGAUGCUUGUUGAAGAUGACUUGUGUUGGCAAAUCUAAAAGCCCCUUACCCAAAUAGAGAGCUUGGCAGCAGGACACACAAACACAACACACAAAUGUGGAUGCCGAAGCGGCUUUGAGCCAUGCUGGUGUUGCUACUCGUGGAGCCCUGGAGUACAAGCUAUCAUCAUCCCUAUCAUCAUUCACCCAAGCUGAGAAAGAUUCAACGGCCCCAAGGAAGAAGUCUACACUUCUGAACAAUUCAAAGGAGACUGGAAAACUGCGCUAACACACAGAGAUCCACAGCAACAUCCACAACCACACAUACAGACACACUAAUACUGCUUUCAGCAAAUCCUUGAUACAGGACAACGAAGCUGCAGCAAACGUGAACAGCACAGAAACCGAGGAGUCAGGAGCUGUGCAUCAACAUGGCAGCUGAGAGUCUCGCCGAGCUCCGCGACUGGCUCUUUCUGCUCCUCCUGUGCCUCACCUUACUGGCUGAGGUGCUGGAACUGGCGGCAGCGGCAAUUGCCAUGGAGACAGGCGAGGGAGAUGAGGGCAUUGUUUGUCCCUCGGUGUGCCGCUGUGAUGAAGGUUUUGUCUACUGCAACGACCGUGGCCUCAGCAUAAUUCCUCCACUACCAUUAACGGCUGCUAUACUCUACUUGCAGAGCAACCGGCUGAGUAACGCUGGGUUGCCUUCAUCACUGGAACGCAGCACUUCCAUAAGAGUGAUUUAUCUGUAUGCCAACCAGUUGGAUGAAUUCCCUAUACACCUCCCACCUUCGUUACGGGAGCUCCAUUUGCAGGAUAAUAAUAUACGAACGUUACCGCGAUCAGCUCUGGCCAAGUUACCAUUACUAGAACGUUUACACCUGGAUGAUAACUCUAUAUCCACAGUUAGCAUCCAGGAGAGAGCUUUUUCUGGGACUCCACGGCUUCGACUGCUGUUUCUGUCUCGGAACCAUCUGUCAAGCAUCCCUGCGGGCUUGCCAGCAUCCUUGGAAGAGCUGCGGCUGGACGACAACAGAAUCAGCACCAUCCCCACACAUGCCUUUAGGGGACUCUCCUCGCUUCGACGCUUGGUCCUGGAUGGGAACCUGCUGGCCAACACACGCAUUGCAGAUGACACUUUUUCCCGUCUCUCCAACCUGACUGAGCUGUCACUAGUAAGGAAUGCCUUGCAGUCACCACCAGUGAACCUGCCUUCGGCUCACCUUGUGCGACUCCAUUUGCAAGACAACGGGAUGACCCACAUACCAAGAGGGGCACUGGAGGGGAUGCGGCGGCUACAGAGGCUAGACCUGUCAGGGAACAAUCUAACCACUCUCCCUCGAGGACUUCUGAAGGACACAGAAAGCCUGGAGAUGCUACUGCUGCGAGGAAAUCCCUGGUACUGCGGCUGCAACCUUCGCUGGCUCCAUGCCUGGCUGCACAGCCGGGGGUCAGCGGUGACAGUCCGGGGCCUGACCUGUCAGGGGCCUGAGCCUGUAAGAGGCCAGUCCCUUAGGGACCUAAACUCCCUGAUGGAGCAGUGUGAAGGCCCCCCUUCUGGUCCUAGUACUGGAGUUGGGGUGAACCCAGCAGAAAAAGAUGGUGAAGGUGAUGAUGGUGCUGGAGGGGGCCAAGCAGUGGCUUCAGUCCCUCAUGGCAGCACCACUACUACCUCUCUGUUAGUUCCUACACAAGGUUCCCUCUUCACCCUGCGAGCCAAGCGGCCAGGCCUUGUUAUGCCUCUGCCUCCUGGUGAAGGGGGACAGGUACCUGGAGAGGCCCUGGAGCUGACUGUAAAACCUCUCUCUUCUGACAGUGUACUGGUGACCUGGUUGUGCCCACAGCCAGCACCCUCUUUCCGCCUGUCGUGGCUGAGAUUGGGAAGCAGUGCAGCUCUAGGUUCAAUAACAGAGACUCUGGUGCCUGGAGAAAGGAAACAGUAUCUCCUGACCCAGCUCACCCCACGCUCCCAUUACCUCAUCUGCCUGCUGCCACUACGACAGGAGCCCUCCUUCGGGGGUUCCAGCAUGGGUUCAUCUCGAGGUGGCAGCACAGACACGGACAGUAAAGACUCGGCCCCGGCCUGUGCUCAGAUAGAGACUGGAGAGGCUCUGGUCAGCUCAGCAGGGGAGGGGUCAGAUAAAGAGGGACAGGACUCAGAGAUAACAGCCUUGCCAUUGGCUGGGAUCAUAGGGGGUGCUACAGCAUUGGUAAGCCUGCUAUUAAUCUUUGGCAUCUUCUGCUGGUAUGGACAGAGAGCAGGUUACAUGUCCGGGGACUCAGGCUCAUACAACAGGGGCCGGGGUGGAAAACAUUAUGAUGACUAUGUAGAGUCAGGCACCAAGAAAGACACUUCCAUCUUAGAGAUCAGGGCCCCCCCUGCAGGGUUUCAGAUGACAGCUAUGGCCCAUCAGCCCCUGCAGCCUAAGCUGGAGGAUGUCACCUAUAUCCACACCAUCUUCCCCUCCUCUUCCUCUUCCUCCCAAGCUAACGGGACCUACCGGAGCAGCCAUGGAGCUGGUACCCUCAAUGGCACCAUCCUCAGCCAGACCAGCCACCAUCAAGUCACUUAUGGUACCAACCGUGGCUACAGAGAGGGUGGCAUCCCUGAUAUAGAUUAUGCCUAUACGUGAUGAUACAGGGACUCACUCUGGUCUGGUCUGGUCACAUUUUGUUCUUGGUUUCCAAAGUACCCUCUGUGCCUCUGCUGGUUCAAAAUUGAUUUGCUAAGUAGAAAAGACUGUUUUCAGCUAUGUUGAUUGAACAUUACUAUUGAGUGACAGAAGUAACAGUCCUAUUAUAUUCUACUACUGUAUACUACAUUAUACGGUGGGCCCUUCUUUCAGCGCUACUUAUAUUUAUAAAUGGUUACGUUUUCUCUUUUGGAUAUCUCAGUGUCUUUCAAAUCUACUGUUCUUCACAGCUCAUAAUAAUACACAGUAAGUUAUUUGAGGUUGAUAUACUAGGCUUAGCUGAUUUAGCCGGAGAUAUAUUUAUAAUGCGAGGAAAAGGCACUUGAUGUGUAUAGAGAUAGCUCUCAUAUCUUCCUACCAACUGUAAGCUCUGUGCUGUAUAGAUAAAAGGAAUGACAGAAGGAGAAAUCAAUGGUUGUUAUUACACACAGACGACAAUGCAUCAUGGUUAACAUGAAAAGAUGCAUCCCUAGCCUCCCUCUGGUUUACUCCCCUCCUGUUUAAUUUUUCCUUCUUUACGCCUCUUUUUUUUUUAAGCUGAGGCUCUUUCUUUCUUUUCUUUCUCUCGUGUCUUUUGUGGUGCCGUGAGCAGAGAACGACUUUGUUCUCGCCAAGGGAGCUGACAGCAGUGAUAACGGUUCUGACAGAGAUGGGAGACACAAAUCACAGCAUGGGGAAACUAAUGAGAGGGAGAGAGAAAAAGCGAGAGAGUGUGGGGAAAUGGAGAGAUGGACGGAUGGAGGAGGACAGCGUA